UUCAGAACGUCGUUUGGCCGUUGUGACAAACUUGACGUUUGAAAACAAUGAAAACGGGCGCAAACAGAAAGUAAAAUAAAUUAAAAUAAUAGCAUAUUUAAUAUAGAAUAUGUUCGUUUUAGAAAAACUGUUUUUAUACAAAAGACUCCUUUGUAAAAUAUAAGUUAUAUUGUGAAAAACAUGUGUCAAAUUACGAUUUUAACGAACAGAGUAGUCUUGUAGACCAUGUGCAAAGUUUAAUUCAAUAAAAUGGGUUCUCCGGACGAAUUACUGAUAGAAAGACUGCGGAAAGAGAACUUAGAUCAAUUCUUUACUUUAGUGCGGAUGCAUCUAUCCUUUGUGGUAGACAUAAAUACAGACGAUGUUGAUUGUUCAACUGAUAAACCAAAGCAAUUUAGAUGGAAUUUUCAUAAGAGGAUAAAGAAUUCGGCCCCUAGUUCUAGUCAACAGAGCAAUGGCAGUGGUGGGAAGAUUGGUGCAGAACCAAGCUCCAUUACUGAGGAUGGUAUCCUGAGGCUUAACGAAUUGAUUGACUUUUUGUCAUUGCCAGAAAAUGUAACACAAGAAGGCAUAUUCCGUCGCACAGGCUCCCUCACAAGACAGCAGGAGCUGAAGCAGCUGCUGCUCACUGGCUCAAGCCUCGGACUGGAAGAGAGCAGGUUCACGGUGCAUGAUUGUGCAUCAGUGCUAAAGGGCUUCCUUGCUGAGCUGCCGCAACCGUUACUGAUGGAUCAGUAUUAUCAGACUUAUUGUACUUUAGCUGUCCAAUAUCCCCCAAACCUGGAAGCAUCAGAGCCCAAGCUGCUGACAGCGCUACAGCUCUUGCUGCUCCUCCUGGCUCCGCUGCACCGCAACUUUCUACAACGGCUCCUUACACUACUCACAUUGGUGGCGGACAAUGAGGCUUCAAACAGAAUGUCGCCGGACACGCUGGCUACUAUGUUCACGCCACACUUACUUUGCCCACGAAAGUUAUCGGCGGAGACGUUCCACGCGGACGCCAUAGCGCUGUCGCCCGUGGUGAGCUUCAUGGUGCGCGCGUCGCGCCGCCUGUUCCUGGCGCCGCCGCAGCUGGCCACGGACGCGCGCGCCUACUUCACGGCCCGCGACGCCAGGCUCGACGAGAGCGUGUCCGACAAAACAGCAGCAAACACAGUAUACACAUUCGUGGACCGAGGUCGAACAGCGGCAGAGAACUCGUCCAACCCUACCGACACCGCCUUGGCACAGUUAUACGCGCACAUUCAAGCCCUGCCCGAGUCUACACACAAACGACGCCUCAUCAAACACUUCAACCGGCAGAAUGGAUAUGGUACACCAAUUCAGAUCCAAAGGACAGGCAAAGUCGCAGGCUCUAGGAGUUUCGGGGACUCCAUCAAGAGGCAUAUUUUCAACAAGGGACUCCUAAAUAAAACGCCGAAGAAAGGAUCCGGCUCCACUAUCAAUUCCAUUGAAGAGAAAAAGAAACGCCUUGACGACAAAAACGAGAUGUUGCAUAAGAACAUCGCUCUUAAAAACCUGGUCCAUAAAAUUGCCAGUUCAGAGUCAUUGGACGAUGAUGACUAUGAUUCGGACGCUAGCAAUGAAAGUACUUUAUCCGAAGGAGCGAUUAGUAGAAGAAGGAAAACUAGUCCCAAAUUCGUAUCAGAACCGAAUCUAAGCAUAAUAGAUUGUGAAGAAACACCUAAAAAUCCUAAAAAAGCCUCUAGACUAUUCCGCUCAAAAUUACUAUCUGCAUCGCAGAAUAUAAACAAGAAAUACCAAAAGCGAAAUACAGUCAUAAAAGGCACACCAACUUCAUGUGUCUCAUGUUUUGACGAGCAAGAUUCAGAAAAUGACCUGUCAUACGACAGUCCGAUCAAAGAGACUCCAAAGAAAAGGCCUAACGAAGAAUUCCGGUUGCACUAUUUGACAAGCACACCGGGCAUAGCGGAGGCGCCUAUUAUAGAAGACUGUGCCACGCCCUAUACAGUGAACUUUAGACGGGCCUCGAUGUCUCCUAUAACGAAAUCUACGCAGAAACUGUCAAAGGCUAUGCAGGAGUCCAUAAUGACGCCGCGGUCGCGCAAGCCGCUCAUCAUCACGUGCGAGCAGCGCGACGCGGCGUGCGAGCGAGACGUCGGCGACGCGACACGGGAACGCGACGCGACACGGGAACGCGACGCGACACGGGAACGCGACGCGACACGGGAUCGUGACGCGGCGAGUGAAGCCAGUGCGCUCGGUUUGGCGCGGGAUAAUGACAGUGAUUUUGUGUCGUCGGAUGAUGAUACAAGGUCCACGUUAUCUUGUGAAAGAUCAAACACAUCAAUCCCCCGUUCCCGGCCCCUCGCCGGGCGCCCCCCGUCGGCCGGCGCCGCCAGCCCGCCGCGCCUGCCCCGGCCGGAGCCCCCACCGAUAACACGAGCCCUAGAGCGACCCACCUCACUCACGGAACCUUUCCGCGACUACCUGCUCAGUAGAUCAGUUCUAACCGCCACGCCGGUCGACUUGUCCAUACUCAACACUUCCAAAGAUAAAGAAGAAAUAUCCGAUUCCCUCCUGUAUUGUUUAGACGGUAACGUUCCGUCGGAUCUGACCUCGUCGAUCGGGAAUCUGGCCGUGAAUAACGAAUCGCUUCGAUCUCCGCUGAAAAAUGUGAACGGAAUCGCCGAGAGUCCGAGCAGGAAACGGUCGAGUUCGCUAGUUUAUAACGAAGAAAAGGUCGGUGUAAAGAAAGCGCUCGUUGAAAAGGAGAAUGAACGCGAAGCGGUUUAUAAAAUCAGAGAGACUGAUCUUUAGAUAAUUUUAAAUUUUAAAUGUAUGCCUCCGAAUUUUGGCAUUGUGAUAAAAACAUAGUUUUGUUAACUGAGUAUCGGAAUACCUAAAGUGCCUUUUGUAUAGAGGCGCUAGUUUUUCUAAAGUCUCCACGAGGCUGACAAUCGUCAACGUAUAUGUAAAUACGGCAGUAUUUUAGCGCUGCUUUUUAAAAUACCUUUUUUUUACAUUUCUCUUUACCUGAUUCAUGAUACACCAGGUUAGAACAUUUUGUGUAAGUACUUCAAGAAUUUUACGAUGUAAUAUUUUUGAAAUCCGGUGUAACAGGAAUAUGAUAAAUAGGUAAAGCUGUUGAAUCUUACAUCUAGUAGUCAUUUAUAUACAAUAGGGUAUUUUGGAAACGAGCGAUUUUUUGCAUUCAGCUGUAUAUUUUUGUAUUCACCGUUUAUUUAGCUAUGUAUAAACCUGCUCAUAACACUACUUUCAUCACGAAAUAAAUAUAUCUCUUGGCUAUAUUCUGUUAGUUUAUAAUUUUAUACUUCAAAAAAAAUUCUGUUUCUUCCUUAAUUUCGUUAUAAUGGAUAUCCGUAUAAAUAUAUUUGUAUCUUCUUAUGAAUCGUUACUAACAAUGCCAAAUUAUAAUUUUAGUUAUAUUAUAGCUAUAACUUUUUUUUACCCCUAAACGUACGAGAGUGAGGCGAUUAUUACACUGGAUACGAUUCGCACGUCGCUCCGAUGUGCGAGCGGGAUGUCGCACUAUUACGCGUAAUACGUGCAUAGCGUUGUCUCGCUCAAACAUCGGAGCGACGUGUGAGUCGCAUCCGGCAUGAUAACCGCCUGAGAUAUACAAAAUGGGUCAAACUUUGAAAAAAAAAAAACAAGUAUUUUCAAAAAUUCUAGAUUAACGUAUCACCUUAUCCUCAUCAUACUUAACUAGCACAUUUUCAUUUUACCAUUUUAUAAAAUCCGAAAUUCAUCAAGGUGACAUUGGUAAAGCAUUUUUUCGGAAAUCAGGUAGGUAUAUUGAGAAUCAGGUAAAACGACAAGUUGCGAUUUUUGAAAAAUAUUAUCUAGGUAUUAUAUUAAUGGUGUAAUAAUCAUAUGCGCAACAAUUAUAUUUUGACAAAUAUAGAUUUGCAAUAAAUUUGUUUAAGUUUUGAGAUAUUAAUUAAUAACAAAUUGUAAUUACUUAUAUAUAAAAACAUUACAACAUAAAAAAAAUACAAAACUUGACCUGGUUUGUAUCUCACUCUUAAGAAAUAUUAUUUAUUAAAUAAACAUGAGACCUUUUUCUAUAAUAAUGUAGUAAGCUAUGUAUUAAACAUACAAAUUGAAUAUUGGAAGUCAAUAUAACUUGUAUAUUUUAGUUAAA